GGGUAUGGAACAAGAAGGCGAGGACGGAGUACAGAUGUAGAAAAGAAACACCUGUUGCAACACAACUCAUAAAUCAUAGAGUAAUCAGAUCCAGAAUGUUCCCACAUGACCAUGGCCAUUAUAAUCCAAUGAUAGGAACGAUAUAACUAAGAAUGAUAGAAGUUCUCGCCAAAUCAUGCGAACCUGCUCUCGCUCAUGUAGUUCACAUGUUCUAACAUGUUCCCUCAAUGAAAGCAGAUAUGUCAACAGUCUUAAGUAGCUCAGCGAGAUGGAAUACCAAUAUUAUUGUCCGUAUGACUGGACAGACUUCAAACUUUCUUGGUUUCUACGCUUCAUUUUCAGAAGCACAGUUUCAAAACAUCCGACAAUUAUGAUCAUGCAAGCUUGUUGGUGGUUCAAUGUUUUUAUUCGCAAGUUUUGUAGAUUGUAUUGAGACUUAUCACGUUCAGGAUCUUAUGUCUUGCUGGGUUUGAAGUCAAGCAGAAUCAGAAUCCUACUCGAUGUUCAUGUUGUGAACAUGCAAAGAGAGGACGAAUUUUCUGGCUAUAAAAAUUACAAGGAAAUAAAGAUACAAUCUUCAUAUCUUGUCGUCUUCAUCUCAUGCACAGUCUUUCACACUCUCUACGUGAUCAGUGGUUCCCUUCCAUUCUACUCGUGAGAUCUCUAUUGUAAGGAACCUCUGGAAAAGCUGACUGCUCGGUAACUGUCCAAUAUUGAGGAGAAAAAAAUGCUCAUACAGAUGAAACAAAACGAGUCCACCUUAAGUAAUAAUAAUCAGAAAGGAUGGGAAGACCUCCCCGUCAAGGCGUACAUGGAUGGAUGAAACCAAUGGGUAGUAUGGAGCUAGGUCCAAACCACAGUACAAUAGAAGAAUGCAGUUUCGCCCAUUGUUAGAUGAGAGGAGCACUGUUGUGGAAAGCCGUGAUCGCUUGUAACUUCUACCUUUUGGAGGAAGUUAGUGAUGCAGCGCGUUAACCUUGAAACAGUGAACAUGUUGCUUUUUGCAUUCUCGCCGCAUCUCACUCGCUUUUCAAAUUUGGGGUACAAAUAUCCAAACCCAGGGCUUUCGAUCUUCGUAGUCCAUCAUCUUUCCAUGCGCGGAAAGAAAAACCUCUGUAUAUUUAAAUGAAAGAGCAAAUAAACUCAGCCGAGUCCAAGCCCGAUUUAAUAUUUCCCCAGAAAUCGAUCGAUGUCUUCAAGGUCUAGACCCAGCCACUAGUGUUUGGAGUUAUAUCAUUUAGAGGGAUCCGUGAAGACCAGACCAGGGAGACCAGUGGCGACCAGAGAGUUACGCAAACUGAACUGAACGGAACUAAACUGACCAGAACUCGAGUCGACCGACAGAAAGCCUAAUCGUCCCUAGUUCAGUGAACCUCCUUGCGUAGAUAUGUCAUCAGAUGCUUGGAGCUGCGUUAACGAUAAUGUAAAUCGGGCAUCGUUAAAAGCCUCACCUACAUGUACUUGGGGAAGUUAGCCCUGGCCUUCAUCCUUUUGGCCCUUAUCAGAUGAAGCCACAUGAAGCCCAUCAAAUCUCGAAGAGUGAUGAUGAAUAUCAAGGUUACGAAGAUCGCCGCAAGCUAAGCUGCAUCGGCGCCGCAUCCCACUCCCCUUUUGAAACGUGCGGAAUACAUAUCCCGAACACAGGCGUUUCUAUCCUCUGGCCACGGGCCUCGGCAUUGGCAUUGGCAUAUGUCUGCGCGCGCACUCGCAAAUUGGAAGUAUGUACGCAUAAACAAGUGCACGCCAACAGUGACGCCUCCUCGUUGCUUUCGCUUUAAGUUAGUGAACAAGUGACAAGGGUUUCGCCGGGAUCGAAAGAUAUUUUCGGUGGCUCAUUCUAAGCGCCCGAGGCUUGGCCGGGCCAUCUUCACAUGCCCACAUGUGCUCGUUCGUUGCUUUCUCUCUCGCGCGAGCCUCCCCUUCGAUCGCCCCGUUGCACGCCUGCUGCUCGUUGCCUCGGGCGGCUUACUGCGUUGGACUCACGGCCCCAACGCGGUGCACACUGCGCGCACAGUCGCCGUAGGCCACUGUGGGUAGGGUGCU